UCUGUUUGUGAAUUUUCGAGUGUCCUACUGUAGUGACCGUGGAAGAACCAAGAUGAGUUCCUAUCAGUUCGUCAAUUCCCUCGCUUCCUGUUACGCGAACCAACAACCCCAACAACAACAACCUCGGCCAACCCCGAACUCGCCUAGUGAACCUCUGCAGGCCGCAUCGCCUGCGGGGACUGAUUAUUACAACCCCAAUGCAGCAACUACUAGUUACCCAACACCAUGCUAUUCGCCCCAACAGCAUUAUCCCCAACAUCCCUAUGCAACCCCGGCUGCCGGAAUGCAACAUCCGGCACCUUCGGGGAUGAUUGACUAUACUCAACUUCAGCCACAGCCCCGGUUGAACCCAUCAACGACCUCACAACCACAUGGAUUACAUCCUCAACAGUCCCAUCAUCCUCAGAGUCAUCAUCCCCAGCAGCUUCAUCCGGACCCAACUACCCCUUUGCUUCAAACUGCUAGUGCAGCCUCGGCACCAUCGACGUCGAGUUGCAAAUAUGCGGAUUCGACAUCAUCGACAAGUGUCGCCUCUCCGCAAGAUUUGACUACAUCUACUUCUAGAAACAGUCCGACACCUUUGGUGGCACCCGGGACGAGUAAAGCAGCUUCAGGACUAACUUCGCCUCCGGGAAGUUCAUCCAGGUCUUCGGCAGCGGCUUCGGCCUCUUCGCCACCGAGUGGUAGUUCAAGGGGACUGGGAGAGGGUAGUUCUACGUUAACGACUGCAUCUUCUGCAUCAUCGCCGGCUAGUUCUACUUCCAGUACCUCCAGCACUGGAAACAACUCGUCGAAUAAAGGAAACGCGAGUGGAGGAAACCCUCCUCAAAUUUACCCAUGGAUGAAGAGGGUUCAUAUCGGUCAAAGUACUGUAAACGCGAACGGUGAGACGAAGCGACAGAGGACGUCGUACACGAGGUACCAGACCCUGGAGCUGGAAAAGGAGUUCCACUUCAACCGCUACCUGACGAGGCGAAGGCGCAUCGAGAUCGCACACGCCCUUUGCCUCACCGAGAGGCAGAUUAAAAUCUGGUUCCAAAAUCGCCGGAUGAAGUGGAAGAAGGAGCACAAGAUGGCGAGCAUGAACAUUGUGCCGUACCACAUGUCGCCGUAUGGCCACCCCUACCAAUUUGCCCCGCACCCAGGCCAGUUUGCUCAUUUGGCCACAUAGGACGAGUUCUCGCCCGCUGAGCUCGGAGCACACGCUGUCCGGUUUCCUGGGAUGUACGGCGAACAGAAUUUCUAGGCUUUCUGCUCUUCUAGAGCCUUUCACUUCUUCUAGGACUUUCACACAAAAAGAGUGCUUUUAUCGCUCAUAACUUUCGAAAUAUUCUUUGGGGACAAGCACCUGCAAAAAUUGAGUUUGGUAAACCAUGGUAAACCAAGGGUAAUCAUCGAAAACCAAGGUAAACCAAGGGUAACUAUGGUAAACCAGGGUAAACCACGGAAAUUAACCUAAAAUGUUUCUUAUCUCCCAGUUUUUUGUCUGGUAUGAUUGGCUAGGUACCUGAAAAGUACUUUAAACUUGGAACUUCUGUUGACUUACCACUGAAGAGUUAUUUACAAAACAAGAAUGUGGAAUCGAGCCAAAUUGAAAUUUCCCGCCUAAGGAAUGUUUCGACAUGUGACCUUAUCGCCAAGGAGAUCCCUUCCGUGACGGAACUUAACUUUUGCAGAAUGAGAUUUGAGCGAGACAGAGCAGUCUUUCAGAAAUGACUAUUCGAAGUUGAAGGAAAGCCAAAAUUUCUGCAUAAUGUGCCGUGCGUCCACAAUAAUAGACUGGACGCGCUUCGAGGGACUCUCGUGUUAAAGAUUUGUGAAAAAAUUUCAUUGCAAUUGACGAGAGUCCAUCUCUGCGGGCGAGAUAGCCGAAUUUAGUUUAAGGUUAGGAACUAGCUGAUCUAAUUAAACAAAUAAUUACAUGCUACUUUGUCAAGCUGCACCACUGUUUCACACUUUCAGACUGAGCAAACUCUCUUUCAGUUACGAAAUUUGCAGACAAAUUUUAAAUAUUCUUAAUUGUUUGCUCAACUGCAACCCUACUGAAAAUUCCGAAGACGUAAAGUAGGUAGAAAUAUUACUUUUCUAUUUGAAUAUUUCUAUUCGAAAUAAUUAAACAUUUAACAAAGUAAAUUUGUGAAUAUCUUGUAAAAUCCCUGAAAACUUUACAUGCGAAAUUUUGGAAAUUUCUUUGAAUAAUAAACAAAAUAUUUGCGCCAAAUGUCCCAACUGCUGACGCAGUUUUCUGCGCACUUUAAAAUGUCGGAAUUUUCAAUAGAGAAGCGAAAAUGAAGUACUUAGUUUCCUGAAAAUUUCUAUUUGAUUAAAAAUUGUUUCAAAAGCAGCAAGAAGAGUGGACAAAUCUUAUCGGCUAGAUAUAUCGAAAAAGAUUU